AACAUGGAAGACCUUCUACAGAAUUUAAAGUAUCUGGCGAUGGAUCAUGGAAGAAACGUGGGUUUACGUCAUUAUACGGUGUUACAACAAUUAUUGGAUACUACACUGGCAAAGUAAUGGAUUUCGUCGUAAAGAGUGGCUACUGUCAGGCUUGUACGUUUUGGAGUAAUAAGAGAGAUACCGACGAAUAUAUUGAGUGGUAUGAACAACACGAGGAAGAGUGUUUCGCAAACCACUAUGGUUCAGCGGGUAAAAUGGAGGUCGAUAGUAUACAGGAAAUGUUUUUAAGGUCGGAGGAGAAAUUUGGAGUCAAAUAUCGGAAUUAUAUUGGAGACGGUGAUUCCAAAACGUACAAAGGUAUUUUAGAUUGCAAUCCAUAUGGCGAUGAUUACCCUGUAACAAAAAGUGAGUGCGUAGGACACGUGGAAAAACGGAUGAGCACACGGCUCAGAAAUUUAGAAAAAACAGAAAAGCUUGGUGGAAAAGGAAAAUUAACAGACAUUUUAAUUAAAAAAUUAACCACAUAUUAUGGACUAGCGAUAAGACGAAAUGUAGAUUCCGUGACCGAUAUGAGAAAAGCCAUAAUGGCAACAUUACACCAUCUGUGUUCCACAAAUGAAAAUCCAAAUCAUGACAAUUGUCCAAUCGGAGCCGACAGCUGGUGCGAGUGGCGGAAGGCUCAGGCGGCAGGUCAACAAAAAUUGUUCGACCAUCCACCCCCACUUCACCGAGAUGUCGCUAAACACAUACGACCUAUUUACGAAGAUCUUUCGAAGGAUGAUCUGCUAAUUCGAUGUUUAGGUGGCCAUACCCAGAAUUCGAACGAAAGUUUCAAUUCUACAGUCUGGCGCCUAGCACCGAAACAUUUAAAUUCAGGCCUAAAAAUUAUCGAAAUUGCCGCUUUCAUUGCUGCCAGCAUUUUUAAUGAAGGGUACUCGUCCAUCCUUCGAAUAAUGAACGCACUACAAAUAAACGUAGGACAACAAAGCAAAUUUUUUGCCGAUACGCACGACGCGCAACGAAUCUCGAGGCAGGAGCGCCGCAGAUCAAGCAGCACGAAGGAGGCUCGAACAGCUUGCAGACUGGUUCAAAUGCAACAAAACGAAUUUCAUGAGGAACCGGAAGGCUUGCUGUAUGGGCCUGGUAUAGCAGACUAACCUCUGAUUACAAUAAGAAUUGGAUAUGCUACAUUGUACACAAUCUGUUACUCUUCGUGGUGAAGUGCUUAUGAAGAUUAUGUAAAUACCAGGAAUAAAAAGUACUAAUUCC